CCCCCGGAGCACGAUGCCGCGCAGGAAUGUGAAAGGCUCCCGCCCGCCGCCAUUUUCUUUCUUUCUUGGCAGGCAGCGAGUGGGGCAGGAGGCGGCGGCCGAGCGAGCAUGGCGGACUACUCCACCGUGCCCCCUCCUGCUGCGGGCGCGCCCGGGGGAGGCGGCGGCGGAGGUGGAGGAGUGAACGAUGCCUUUAAAGACGCGCUGCAGAGGGCUAGGCAGAUUGCAGCAAAAAUUGGAGGAGAUGCUGGUACAUCAAUGAAUUCAAAUGACUACGGUUAUGGAGGACAAAAAAGACCUCUUGAGGAUGGAGAUGGCUCUUGGACAAGUCCGAGCAGUACAACACACUGGGAGGGAAUGCCCUCUCCUUUUAAAGAUCAACCAGAUGCUAAGAAAGUUGCUCCUCAGAAUGACUCUUUUGGAAAUCAACUACCACCAAUGCAUCAACAACAACGGUCUGUGAUGACAGAGGAGUACAAAGUUCCAGAUGGGAUGGUUGGAUUCAUCAUUGGCAGAGGUGGAGAGCAGAUCUCACGCAUACAGCAAGAAUCUGGAUGUAAAAUACAGAUUGCACCUGAUAGUGGGGGCUUGCCUGAAAGAUCCUGUAUGCUGACUGGAACACCAGAAUCUGUUCAAUCAGCAAAAAGAUUACUUGAUCAGAUAGUUGAAAAGGGAAGACCUGCACCUGGCUUUCAUCAUGGUGAUGGACCUGGAAAUGCAGUCCAAGAAAUUAUGAUUCCAGCAAGUAAAGCAGGAUUAGUUAUUGGUAAAGGUGGAGAGACAAUUAAACAAUUACAGGAGCGAGCAGGUGUCAAAAUGGUCAUGAUUCAAGAUGGUCCACAGAACACUGGUGCAGACAAGCCCCUUAGGAUAACUGGAGACCCUUAUAAAGUUCAACAAGCCAAGGAAAUGGUGCUGGAGUUAAUUCGUGAUCAAGGUGGCUUUAGAGAGGUGCGCAACGAAUAUGGGUCAAGAAUAGGAGGAAAUGAAGGGAUAGACGUUCCAAUACCACGAUUUGCUGUAGGUAUUGUAAUUGGAAGAAACGGGGAGAUGAUAAAAAAGAUACAGAAUGAUGCUGGUGUUAGGAUCCAAUUUAAGCCAGAUGAUGGAACAACUCCAGAUAGAAUAGCCCAAAUCACAGGGCCUCCUGACAGAUGUCAGCAUGCUGCAGAAAUUAUUACAGAUCUCCUUCGAAGUGUUCAGGCUGGCAACCCUGGUGGACCAGGACCUGGUGGUCGAGGAAGGGGUAGAGGUCAAGGCAACUGGAACAUGGGGCCACCUGGUGGAUUACAGGAAUUCAAUUUUAUUGUUCCCACUGGCAAAACUGGAUUAAUCAUUGGCAAAGGGGGUGAAACUAUCAAAAGUAUAAGCCAGCAGUCUGGUGCUAGAAUAGAACUUCAAAGAAAUCCUCCACCUAAUGCGGAUCCAAACAUGAAGAUGUUUACUAUCCGUGGAACACCCCAGCAAAUAGAUUAUGCGCGGCAACUUAUAGAAGAAAAGAUUGGAGGUCCAGUAAAUCCAUUGGGUCCACCUGUUCCUCAUGGACCCCAUGGUGUUGUUCCUGGUCCACAUGGACCACCUGGGCCACCAGGUCCUGGUGCUCCCAUGGGACCAUAUAACCCAGCUCCUUAUAAUCCAGGGCCUCCUGGCCCUGCACCUCAUGGUCCUCCAGCCCCAUAUGCUCCACAGGGAUGGGGAAAUGCUUAUCCACAUUGGCAGCCACCAAAUCCGCCAGAUCCAGGCAAGCCAGGAACAGAUCCCAAUUCAGCAGCAUGGGCAGCUUACUAUGCUCACUACUAUCAGCAGCAAGCACAGCCACCACCUGCAGCCCCUCCUGGUGGACCAGCUACAACGCAAACUAAUGGACAAGGUAGAGAUCAGCCAAAUCCAGCACCAGCAGGACAGGUUGACUAUACAAAGGCAUGGGAGGAGUACUACAAAAAAAUGGGUCAAGCAGUUCCUGCGCCUGCUGGCGCUCCGCCGGGUGGUCAGCCGGAUUACAGUGCAGCAUGGGCUGAGUACUACAGACAACAGGCAGCAUAUUACGCCCAGACGAGUCCACAGGGAAUGCCACAACAUCCUCCAGCACCACAGUGCAGGUUUGAUCCAGCCAGUAUAGAACUAGCUCUAUAGGGGUGAGGAGGACUGUGCUGUGUAUCAUCCUUGAUUGUUCCUUCAAGGAGCAUUGCACUGUAAGUACAUCAGAAUGACAAAUUGAUGAACUGCAACAGUAUCUUUUUGUCGAUGUUCCACAUAAUGAAAAUGCCAUACUUGUGUGAAUAUUAUGUUGGAAUACAGUGCUGAUAUCUUAGGAAAUCGUAAUUGCUUCUUAAUUCAGGAACGUAGGUUUGUGAAUAUACAUAUUACAUACACAUAAUGUGAGCUUUGUGGGUAAGUAUUUCUGAAACGUUUAGCAAUAGCUAAAGAAAAUCAUGUUUUUGUUUAUCUGAGUAAUAGUACUCUUUGAGACAGCUGUAUCAUUCAGUGUAUUAAAGUAUGCAUAUCAUAACAUUGAAGUUUUUGAAACCACUUGAUAGACAGAAGUUGUCUUUGUCUUCAGUUAGUUUGAAGAUAUGUAGUGAUGUAGGUAUGUUUUAAUUCUAUAUCUAUUAUUUGCUUUAUCCUUUGGAACACCGUAUUGUUGCUUUGAGAAUACAUUUGUUUAGGGUGGCUGCACAGAGAAGUAAAAGUUAAGGCUUGAAAUUUGAAGUAGUUUAUUCAGGUAAUUAGCAAUGUAUGUUUGUGCUGUAGAAAUAGAAGGAAUUAUUUUUAUCCCUUUUACAAUUAGGAAUUAUUCUGGUACCUUAUAAAAGGAUAGGACAGUAUUUGCUAUCUUUAGUGUAGGAUAUGAAGUUCAAUAGUUCAGAUAUUUUGCAUGGUAUUUUGUAGAUAACCUUAUAGAAUGGUGCAUUUAUUAUGUGCUAAACUGAGCAACAUUGAAUUCACUGGAUUCUUUAUCAUUCACAAAAUGGAGGCUGUUGAUUUUGAUUCAUUUAAGGUAUAAAAUCUUUAUUAAUUGCAAACAGUGCAAUUAUUUAUACUUCACAGUGCCUUCCCAGACCUUCCACCUUAGGUUCUGCUGCAAAAAAGCAACAGGUAAGCACAACCUAAGGAAGUAUAUAAAUUUAAAUAUUUCAGUACAUUAAUGUUGUCCCUGUGAGAUCUUUGUGGUUGUGUAUUGAAAAGCAAUCUGCUGCUUUCCCAAAUGCAUUGUUACUCAUGGUUCCAUUUCAGUGGAAAGUCUUUUAAGUUUUUAAACAACUGUUUCUAUUUCUAGGUAAAUAUGUAUCCUUUUUUUUUUUUUUUUAGAAAAGAUGAGUAGAUUGCAUUAAUUGAAGUUAAGCAAAAUAAGUUUUUUUUGUUGUUCCUCAAAUAGCUACUUGUUGCAAUUAAAGAAUCAAAACCUUUAAAAUAUGCAGGAAUUACUUUGGUUAGAAACUUCAACAGCCUUCACAAAUGUUUUUAUAGUAGGGCACUGUUCUCGCUCAAACGCGUAAGACUUAAUUAUAAAGAAUAUAACUUCUUGUUGUUAUCACUGAACUUGAUAACUUGUCUUACAGUUACAGUGUGUUAGUGGAAUUUUUAGAUAAAUUAGUUUGCUUAUUCAUACUUGACGUGGUAGGAAAACAGAUUCUGGAGUUUCACAGAUUAGUAUGUUUUAUUGGGAAAAGCAUGUGCACCAGUUAAAUGUUAACAGUACAGAAAAUAAUAUUUUAUCUACAUAGCAGUCAGUGUAUCCUGUUUCUUGAUACUUUAACUGAAUUGCUGUAUAUUUUGAUAGUUUAAAAUGUUUGUAUGUCUUAUAGAUGGUCUGGUACAGGUUUUUUUUUUGUUUGUUUGUUUUUUUAGCUUAAAGUAAAGCAGCAUCUAUUUGUUUGUUGAUUAUUCUGUUUCUAAAAUGUGCUGCUCCUCUUUCAAAAGUCCUGCUUAUCUAUACAUUAAAGAAAAAUAUUCAAAAAUACUGCCUUCAUUUUCACACACAGUGCUGAAGAUGCUGCAAGCACCAAAUCAUAGCUCAUAGAAUCAGGUCCUGAGAUAGUUACUACCAGUAAAGAGGAAUCCUUUGAGUGUAUGCCAUUGGUGAGCCGAUGAGCAUGGACCAUAGAAGGGCUCCAUGUAGAAGGUAAAAUUGGCAAAAACAUAACAGAUUUGAAAUGUAUCCCAUACAUAAUGGUGUAGGGUAUAAUUUUUGUUUUGAUCACUUUUCAUUCUUUAAAGUAUUAUUUGUUUGACCAUAAAUGUUCCAUAAUCUGUUAAGUUUUUAAACUGUGAUUUAAUAAUAAGCAAUCUAUUUUAAUUUAUAUUCUUCUAAACAGCCAAGCUUAGAUAUAUUGACUUUUUGAACUAAAUUAAUAGUUGUGCUUCAGUUUCUCAAGCUACUUAAUAUUUGAUGGUCUGUAGUUUCAUGUGUAACUUGACUUCGUUUUUGACACCAGAAAAAGUUAGGUGUGUCCCAUUUGGAUUUUGAUUCCAUGAAUUUAGUGUUGGGGUGUGUCAUUUGUUCACUUCUUUUUACAUGGUACUUUUUUUUCAACAACUGUUGUUCCUAAAAUGUAUUAACAGUCUUUCAAUUGGUAAGUUGAGCCAGUGGAAGGAAAUAGAGAAGAAAGCCCAUUUUUUGGAAUGUUGCUAGGGUAUGGAAGAUGUGUUUCUUACCUUAGUGUGUAGCAUUUGAGAUGUAUUGACUUUCAGUUUUCUCACUGAUACAGGCAUGCUGUUUUGUACUAAGCACAGAGUUUAUUUUUCAACUCUCCAAAAUUCAUAGUUCUUGGGAGAACAGAAAAUGUAUUAUUGGAGUUAUCCUUAUCCAAAAAGGUGAUGGGAUUUUCUUAGGAAUGUAAUAAAAGCUAUCUUGAAAUAUUUCUUGCUUUUUCCCCCUAACAAUCUCUCAAAUUAGGUAGAAUGUGAAGAGUAUAAAACGUUCUGAAAGGCAGCAUAAAGUUCAAAGUAGGAAAAAUGUUUUCAUAUAGCUUUUUGCAGCAUAUACGUAAAUAGGACAUGAAGUAAAAUGUCGGGUGGGUAAUCUUCAACCUAACAUGAUCGUAGGUUACCUAUUUAAAUCGACCAGGCAGACAGGAUCAUUAUUCAGCUUGCACAGCCCAUCUUGACAUAUUUCAUUGUUUUUCUGGUGGUAUUUUACUGGAUGAUAAAAACUGUUUCUCCCCUGUUCUAUUCCAAAGUGAUUUUUAAGUUUUACAUUGCAUGCUAAGAGCUUCGUAUUUUGCUUUUUUCUGGAAAUGGUGGGAGGAAGGGAGGACCCCGGGCCUUUCAGAAAGCAUACAGUUGACAGGAUUCCCUCUUCCCUAGUAAUAGCUUAUGAAACUCUGAUGUAUGCACAAGUAUUUCUCUUGCGUGCAUGUGAAAUGCAUUUUCGUCCUGAGAAAAGUGUUCUCUGCAGAAACUACCCGUGUGUAAAAAGAAGAUUGGCUUUAAAAGGCAACUGUGAUGGGAACAGUGUCUUAGGGAGAUGCAGCUUGGACUUGAGGUAAAUUGAAUGCUUUACAAAAAUGUGGUUUUAAGCUUGGCAUUGUAUGUAAUAUGGGUACACGUUAACUGUAUAAUGUUUUUUGUAUGGUUUUUCUCAAUAAAUGUAAACUGAUGGAUAAUAAUA